AUGAAGAGGUUGAUCAGCGCGCAGAGAGUCUUCGUACUUACACAGCGCCUAUACUCUACUACGCGAGCUUCUGCAGAUUUUUCUUCACCCCUGGCGGCGCCAGCUCCUUUCAACCCCAACAAACGCGAGCUAAAAAACCUCACGCCCUCUGAUCUCUGCUAUCAUUGGGAUACCAUACCACCGACAGCAGAACAACUCGCCUUUGCCAAUAAAGUAUUUACUCCUUCGAGACACUCUCCUAUAAAGCUAUGGUCUGCCAGCAAGUUUCGCACGACACCGUUGUCGUCCUCGGAGCCCGAGGUAGCGUUUCUUGGGCGGUCAAAUGUCGGUAAAAGCUCGUUAUUGAAUGCAGUAAUGGGUCAAGAAAUGUGUUGGACUUCUUCCAAACCUGGACGGACUAGGGAGAUGAACGCAUUUGGUAUUGGAGGUACCAAAGGCGGCGAGUCCAAAGUGGUACUUCUAGAUAUGCCAGGGUAUGGUAAGGCCAGUCGAGCCGAAUGGGGUUUGGAGAUCAUGAAGUAUCUACAAGGACGAAGACAGCUUCGGCGUGCAUUCAUUCUCAUCGAUUGUGAGCAUGGGAUCAAACAAAACGACGCAGAAAUUCUGAGACUCUUUCGAAGAUUCGCGAUCCCCCACCAAAUAAUUCUGUCGAAAAUUGACAAGGUACUUGCUAAAAGUAAGAAACAAGCCAAGGCAGGCGCCUCGGCUAUAGGCAUCCAAAGGCUCCAGACUUUACUCCACAAGUUAAAGCCAGAUAUCCAACCUGACCCACGCAUUUCAGAGGGCCCUGGAGCUCUUGGUGAGAUCUUGACUUGCAGUGCGGAUACAUUCGUUUCCCCUGGCCAAGCACUUGGCGUUGAUUCCAUACGGUGGGCGAUCCUUGCUGCAGCAGGCAUUGAUGGGAGCUUACAAGGGGUGAAGCCUGCGCAUGAGAUCGGUACUCAAAUCUCUGAGUCGUGA